AGCAAAUAGUGGUAGUUGAUUAAAGUGAACUGACGCAUGCCAAUACCUUAGUACUUCAGCAAAUGGACUAGCACUAAGGUCCACUAAGCUGUACCACUGAGAACAGUGAAACAUGGAGGAGCUCAAAUUCAGAGGGAGGAAAAGGGAAGGAAGGCACAGAGACACCUGGGAUCCAUUCCAGUUGAAUCCCAUUGGUGCUGAGAAAGAGGAAAAGAGAAGAUGCUUUGAGUUGUUCCAGCACCUGGUGGCAGCGUUCGUGGGGAUAAUGGUCCUCUCCAGUGCUGUCAUCAGCAAGGGCUCUCUACUGGUUCUCUCCACACUCUCAAGCCCCACAUCGACUAGGACUUCCAAGGAAAGACAAUAUUACAUGCUCAUGCUGGUGGGCUGUUUGGUGAUGCCCAACCUGCUUGUGUUCCUCAAGUCACUGUGGAAAUGCGCUUUCAAGAACUUCGUCCCACCAAACAUGAGAACUAUGGGAAUUGUGUGUGGGAUUGAAUGCUUGGUGUCUCUUGGGACCUCCAUCCUGGUGCUGGUGGUGAUGCCCCAGUUUGACGUGCUGACCAACCUCUUUAUCUCCGGGGGAGUCUGCAUGCUUUCCUCAGUCCUACAGAUUGUAUUUCGUCUGCAGAGAGAGAACUGGAAGAUCAUCUUCCCCAUUUGUUCUCUUAUGCUUGUCCUGACCGGCUACUUUCUCCUUGGGGCAGAUUAUUACGUCCGGGUAACCUCUUAUGUAUCAGGCCAGGAGAACGACUGUUAUUGGUAUAUUGGCAUUGCAGUUUUUGCAUCUUUUUUGGUUUCUCUGAACUGGUGGGAAAACCCAGUGCAGGCGAGCAACAACAUGCAUGAAAUGCUGGCUGAGUUGGACACCUUCAGAGACUUUGUAUUUGUGAUAUCGAGUCUCCUAAGGAUUGUAGUCAUUGCUGCUGUGUACCUCAUCUAUCACGUAUUGAUACAGAAAAACAUUGUAUGGUCAGAUUUUGAUUUCACCCCUAAGGCCGAUGAAGAUGAAAGUACAAUUGCGAGGCAUAAAGAGACCCUUGAUAUUGGUCUUACUGUACUUUUCCUUCAAGCCUUUUUCUCUGCUGCAUGCCAUUGGUUUGGAGUGGUGGCUUGUAAGAUCCACUCUGUGCGAAUGAGCUUCGCCUUCCCUGUCUGUUUUACCGGGCCUGCAGUUCUCAUUCUCGGCAUGAUCCUUUUCCUAACGCAAUCUCAAUACCUAGCUGAGGCCGACACAAGUUCUAUCAUAGACUUUUGCUCGAGUCUAGUUGACCUGAGCACCAAGAACACCAGCACAGUCGUGAUGCUGGAGCUUACAAAGAGCAUCUGCAGGACUUCUUUGAGUAGCCAUUACUGGACCUGGCCUUUCUCCCUACUUGCGCUGGAGGGCAUUUGCAUGUGGCUCGGGCUCAUCACAUGCACCUACUACGUGUGGAAUUUCAAGGUCCAGAGGAUCGAACGCACAACUGAGCUGUUUGUACGACGCCUCUAUGAAUCUGCCUUCAUCGACCUGUCUCUGCUUCUGAACACCAAGAUGAAGGUUGUGCAAACGAGGAACCAGGAGAGUAGUGUUGUUGACGACGUGGAGAAUUGUGUCAUUUACCUCUGUGCAACAAUGUGGCAUGAGACCUACGACGAGAUGUUGAAGAUCCUCACAUCCAUGUUCAGGUUGGACCGGUACAGAGGUGACCCAAAAGAGGAACAUAAAGAUGUUUUUGACUUUGAAUGCCACAUAUUUGUAGAUGACGCAUUCAUGAUAGACAAGGAGACGGGCAAGAAGUUUAUCAACGAAUAUGUGACCGAUCUCAUUCAUGUGGUCAUAGAGGUUUACAGGGUAUUCACCAAUAAGGAGCCUGAUGAUGUGUCAAUUAUUGAGACUCCUUAUGGUGGGCGAUUAAUGUUUGUGAUGCCAGAAGGAAACAUGCUGUAUUUCCAUUUGAAAGACAAACAGCUAAUCAGAAACAAGAAGAGAUGGUCACAGAUCAUGUACCUGUACUAUCUGCUUGGAUGGAAAGGAUACAUUGUCAAGAAUCCUCAAAAGAUUACGAGACAGAAUAAUCCUUGCCGUGCCAGUCUCAUAUCACUGGAUGGGGAGAGUUUCCUGUUGCCACAGCAUGACAAUGACAGUAAGAGAAAACACAUCUCUGAUGACAAUACCUACAUCAUGGCCCUGGAUGGAGACACAGACUUCCACCCCGCAGCUCUGAUAUUACUGGUGGACCGACUUCGGAAGUACAGCAAUGUGGGUGCUGCAUGCGGAAGAAUCCACCCUACAGGAAUGGGUCCAAUGGUGUGGUAUCAGAAAUUUGAGUAUGCUGUUGGUCACUGGCUCCAGAAAACAGCUGAGCACGUGUUUGGUUCAGUCCUCUGCAGUCCUGGAUGCUUCAGCUUGUUCAGGGGAUCAGCUCUGAUGGAUGACAACGUGCUCAAGAGAUACACCACCACUGCAACUAGAGCCUCUGAGUAUGUUCAAUAUGAUCAAGGUGAGGACCGCUGGCUGUGCACCCUGCUCCUCCAGCAGGGCUGGAGAGUGGAGUACAACGCUGCGUCCGACGCCUACACCAACUCCCCUCAGGAGUUCAAAGAGUUUUACAACCAGAGGCGGCGCUGGGGGCCGUCUACUCUGGCCAACACCCUGGACCUCCUGCACAGUGGCAAUGAGACGGUCAAGAGGAACUCUUCCAUCUCCAGACUGUACAUCUUCUACCAGAUAUUUACUGUCAGCUCCUCCAUUCUCGGCCCUGCCUCUGUGUCUCUGAUGAUAGCAGGUGCUUUUCAGUUUGUGUUCAAAAUUGAAGGAACCCUGUCCAUCAUCAUAUCAGUCAUCCCACCUAUUUUCUACCUGUUAAUUUGUUUUUUGGCAAAACCAAAUGCCCAGAUCACCAUUGCAGCCAUUAUGAGCGUGUUGUACGCCUUUCUGAUGUUAGCAUCAUUCUUCGCCAUCAUCGGUGACAUGGCUAUGCAGGGCACAUUCAUCACCCCAACUGGCCUCUUCCUGAUUUCCAUGGCUGCCAUGUACCUGGUGACAGCCAUCCUUCACCCCCAGGAGUUCAGCAUGAUCAUCUAUGGUCUGAUGUACUUCAUCUGUAUCCCCAGUGGCUAUCUCUUGCUCACAAUCUACUCCUUGGUGAACAUGCACAUUGUCACAUGGGGCACUCGAGAGACAAACAAGGAAAAAGAACAGAAGAAGACCCAGAAUGUUCUCUGUGAUCGAAACUGCAAACUUUGCUGUUGGGAUAUGAAAUUACAAGUCACCCAAGAGACUGAUAACUUGAUGCUCCAGCAACUCCAGCAGGCAGUCAAUCCAAACACACAAGUCACCCAGCAAGCGGUGCAUGAACAGAAGCCCAACACCAAGGAAGUGAAAAACAAUGCCCCAAAUGAAGAAAACAAUGAGGAAAUAAGUCCAGAGCUUUUAGACCGCAAAAGAGCCAAGAAAGACUUAGAAUAUGAUACAAGCAGUGUUGGCAGGUUUGACAGCAUUCCUAAAAAGGAGAGCGCCUAUUCCAGCAUUGACGAUGACAACGAUGAUAACGAUGAUAACCAUGACGAUGACGAUGAUAAUAUGCUUUAUGACGGUUCGCUUUAUAGUGGCUUCACCGAGGAAGAAAGAGAAUUUGUACCUCAAAGUGAUUGGGUUCAGCCUGUCAAGGAAGAGUUCCUGAAGAAAUUGACCUACGCCAACAUGAAAAGGAACCUUCAGGAGCAGAUCCGCUACACCCUGAGAAACAAGAACCAGGAGGAUGUGUGUGAGGAGCUGGUGAUGAUGCUGACGGACACGGUGAACGGAGAGCUGAAGGACAAGGUGGGCCCAGAGGACGUGCUGAGCGACAGCCAGCUAGAAGAGCUGCAGUACGCCCUAAACGAGGCCGCCAGGAGGAUCCUGAAAACCAACCGAAUGGAGAGGCUGGAGAGGAGGGUAAAAAGAGCCAUAGAGAAAACCCUCAUUGCUCCACAGGUGGAGAAACUCACUGAGGAUGAACAUGACUUUUGGAAGAAACUGCUUGAGAGAUACCUCGCACCUAUUGUUGAUGAUAAAGCUCAUAAAGAGGAGGUGACAAGGGAACUGAAGUCACUACGAAACAAGGCAGUGUUUCUGUAUUUCAUCAUCAACGUUUUGUGGAUUGUGGCCACUUUCUUUUUACAAGCCAUUGGAAAUGAUGUGAUUAGUAUCAAGAUUCAGAAAGUCUGGCCAAAUGGCACAUCAUCAGGAGAAUACCUGAAGGUGGAGCCUCUCAGUCUGAUGUUCCUCUUGUCAUUCGCUGUGCUUCUCGUGGUGCAGUUCCUGGCUAUGCUUUACCACAGAGUUUAUACUCUUAUCCACGUGGUGUCGUACAGAAGCACAGAAAAAGACUACAUUCCCAAAGACGAGGAGGACGAGGAGGGGAUGAUUCUUGAGAACCAGAUAGCCAACGGCCUUGUGAUCACCAGUGAUGACUUGUGAAACUGGCUUUUUUGCGUGCGUGUUGUUACUGAAUGUUCCAUGAAACAAAAUAGUGGCUUUGUGAAGUGUUUUGCACCUUUGUCUGAACAUAAUUCAGAUAUACAUAGCAGUAAUGAUACUUAUGAUACUGCAGCAGUGAAAUAUGAAAUGUUACAACUAUCAUUAACGCAGUUAUCCAAUGCCUGAGUUUUCUAUAAAAAGCAGUUUCAAUAUUGAAUAACAAUGAGCAAUAAUAAGAUGUAGAAUGAAAGUAUUGUAAUUCAGCCUGAUUGGAUGUGCUUACUGGGAAACAGCCGAUAUCAUGAUCAUUUAAUACAUAACAAAAUCAUUCAACAUAUCCAGAGAAAUAUAUAUACACAGAUGCAUACUUCUACGACUACAUGAGCCUCCAUUUUUCAAGGGGAAAUGACCCUUUCUAAACGUAUGGCUCUGAACCUAUCCAACUGAAGAAAACGUUGGUCUUGCAAUCUUUCACAGACGGACAAUGUAACACAUAUUGUGAACAUGAAGUAAAUGUACUAGUAUUUAUACUGCAAUAUUUAUGAUAUGACUGCCUAUGUUGAACUCAAAUAAAAUUUACAUUUCUAAUAGA